UUCAGCAUCGCAUCCAUUUAUGACUCUGAACGUCUUCCUGCCAGGUGGCCAGUAGCACUUUGUGUGAUUCUGUCCUGAAUGGCUUUUCGCACUAUUUAACAUAACUUUAUCCCCAAACCUUCCCCUAAUUGUCCCGCAAAGUGCUAUCUUUGCGCGCCCCUUCCCCAUCUACAGCUAAUUGGUCGACGACCGACUCCAACGUUCUUUACGAUCGAAAGCUUAAAGAGUUCGAUUGUGGCGUUUCUUUAUUCAUUUAUUUCUGAUUUAUUCUUUACCGACUGCUUCGAAGGCAACAAAUAGACAAUGGCUCCCGGUGGCCGGCGAAGAACAAAUGCUUCGUUAAACCUUCUCUCCUCCUCGCCUGUUCUAUCCUUCGUCCUCCUCCCGUUCCUCCUUUUCUUUCUAAGCUUCCCCGCCUCGACCGCUGCCGCGGGUUCUGCAGUUCUCGGGAUCGAUGUUGGCACGGAAUACCUGAAAGCUGCUCUGGUGAAGCCCGGCAUCCCAUUGGAAAUCGUCCUCACCAAGGACUCGAAGCGCAAAGAGUCGGCAGCUGUCGCCUUCAAGCCCACGAGACAAAGCGAUGCUCUAUUCCCCGAGCGAUUCUAUGGCGGUGACGCACUCGCUCUCUCCGCACGAUACCCUGACGACGUCUACGUAAACCUAAAGUCACUGCUUGGUCUUCCCUUCAACGAUGGAAAAGGCGAACUGGUCGAGACAUACCAUGAGCGGUACCCAGCGUUGAGGUUAGAGAGCGCCCCCGGUGAGCGGGACACGAUCGGACUGCGCAGCAACAGACUCGGUGAGGAGGAGAAGAAGGACGCUUUCCUGGUCGAGGAGCUCUUGGCUAUGCAGUUGAAGCAGAUCAAAGCCAAUGCUGAUGCUUUGGCUGGCAAAGGUUCCGACGUCAGGGAUGCCGUCAUCACUUAUCCGGCGUUCUACACGGCUUAUGAGAGGAGAAGUCUUCAGUUGGCUGCAGAAUUGGCGGGCUUAAACGUCGAUGCAUUUAUUAGUGAUGGUCUGGCUGUUGGACUCAACUACGCCAUGAGCCGGACCUUUCCCAGUGUUACCGACGGACAGACGCCCGAGUACCACGUUGUAUACGACAUGGGCGCUGGAUCUACUACCGCCACCGUGCUUCGCUUCCAAAGUCGCACGGUCAAAGAUGUCGGAAAGUUUACCAAGACUGUUCAAGAAGUUCAGGUUCUGGGCUCGAGCUGGGAUAAGACCCUUGGUGGUGACUCUCUCAAUGACCUCAUCGUUGAUGACAUGAUCGCUCAAUUGAUUGAAGACAAGAAGUUGAAGGGCCGUGUUACAGCUUCAGAUGUGCGCGCGCAUGGAAAGACCAUGUCUAGGCUCUGGAAAGAUGCCGAAAAGGCUCGCCAGGUUCUUAGCGCCAACAGCGACACCAGCGCUUCCUUCGAGAGCCUCUUCGAGGAGGACGUCAACUUCAAGUACCGUUUGUCCCGACCCAGGUUUGAGGAGCUCGCAGAAUCACAUAUUGCACGCGUCGGAAAGCCACUCGAGCAGGCACUGGCGGCCGCUGGUUUGCAGCUGAGCGAGAUCGACUCGGUCAUUCUUCACGGUGGAGCAAUCCGUACUCCAUUUGUCCAGAAGGAACUGGAGAAAGUCUGCGGAGGCUCAGACAAGCUCCGAACCAAUGUCAACGCCGACGAGGCCGCCGUUUUUGGUGCUGCUUUCAAGGGAGCAGGCCUUAGCCCCAGCUUCCGUGUCAAGGACAUUCGCGCUAGCGAUGCGUCCGGCUACCCUGUUGUUCUCAAGUGGCCCUCAGAAUCUAAGGAAAGACAGCAGAAGCUCUUUACCCCUACUUCGCUAGUCGGACCUGAGAAGCAGGUCACGGUGAAAAACCUGGAAGACUUUGAGUUCAGCUUCUACCAGCAGGUUCUAACUACCGAAGACGUCGUAGAAGUACCUGUUCUCGGAGUGAAGACUCUUAACCUCACCGCAUCCGCCAACAAAUUAAAGGAGAGCUUCGGCUGUUCCGCUGCGAACAUUACCACCAAGUUCUCUGUUCGGCUCAGCCCCCGUGAUGGCCUCCCAGAGGUUUUGGGUGGCUCUGUCAGCUGCGAAGUGGAGCCAUCUAUGCUUGGAAGUGUUGUUGACGACGUCAAGGGAUUCUUUGGCUUGGGUUCCAAGAAAGAGGGACAGAUUCCCCUAGGUGAGGAUGGCGAGCCCAUUGAGCCUGUUACUCUGGAAGGUGAAGAGCCCCAAGAGUCAGCCACAUCUUCCGCCGAUGAGGCUGCCUCUACGGAUUCUGCAAAGGAGAGCAAGAAGGUUGCCUCCCAGCCCAAGUUGGAGUCAAUCCCCAUCAGCAUCACAGCAUCCCCUCUUGGUCUACCCGCUCCAACCCCCGCUGAACUCGCCCGCAUCAAGGCCCGCCUCGCCGCCUUCGACGCCUCAGACCGUGAACGCCUCCUCCGUGAGGAAGCCCUGAACGAGCUGGAAUCUUUCAUCUACAGAAGCCGUGACCUGGCCGAAGACGAAGAGUUUGCAAAGGUUCUCACACCCGAGCAGCUCGCCACCCUAACUGAGCGGGUUUCCACGGCCAGCGACUGGCUCUAUGACGACGGCGCCGACGCCAAAACUCCCGAAUUCAAGGAGAAGCUUAAGUUCCUUAAAGAAAUUGUCGAACCCGCCCUCAAGCGCAAGCAAGAAAACGCCGUUCGCCCCGCUCGCAUCCAACUCCUCCAAGAGUCUCUCAAGAACGCCCAGAUGGUCAUCAGUGUCAUGGAGAAGCAGAUUGCACAGGACGAGGAAAUCUACUCCAGCCUCGCCGCGUCAUCAUCCAGUACAUCCGAGAGCGAAUCCUCCACUUCAACUGCCGCCUCUGCAUCAACCGCGAUCGACCUCGACGACCUAGAAGACGACGCCUACGCAUCCUCCUCUUCUACAUCAACAGCCGAACCCUCCGCAUCCACCCCCGCCAUUCUAACCUACUCCGUCUUCCAACCCUCCGACUUAACCUCCCUAUCGGAGACAUACGAAACCGCCAACACCUGGCUCCAGGCCCGCCUCGCAGCGCAGGAGAAGCUCUCCGAAACAGACGACGCGGCUCUCACAGUCGCCGAGAUCGACACGAACCUCAAGCGUCUCGAGCGCGUCAUGAACCGCAUCUACGAGAAGAUGGGCGCCGCCGCAACGAGGAAAGCGUCGAAUGACAAACCCCCGAAGAAGAACGGUAAGAAGGACAAGGAGCAGGCCAAGGAGAAGGAGCCUGUGAAGGAGGAGUCCGCGCCGGAGAAGGAGAAGCCGACGUAUAAUAAGAAGGAUGAGUUGUGAUUGUCCAUAUGAACAUGGAUAUUCUUACCUACCAUAGCAUAACAUACUACCCCAUUGCUGGACAGACCUAUCUCUAUAGAUGGUUUGCUUUUAUGCGAAAAAUAUGAUACAAAGAAAAAGAAACGAACAGAGAGGAAACAUAGGUGGGCGUUCGGGGCCUGCUUCACUUGGGUUGAUUUUACUCUGCAAUGUGCACCGAGGCUUUGAUGGUCACUCAGCCGUCUUGAGAGAACUUUGAGCACCGGUCUCGCUGCUGUACACUAUUAAAACCAUUACUACCUAGGCCUAGUACCUAAGCUAGAUUGAGUAUGCUAUGUUACGCAUUAUGAAGCUAUAGUUACAGUACUACUGGUAGAAGCUUAAAUCGGGUGUUCGGAAACUGAAAAUUGAGCAUGUCAUUACUCCAAUUUAUGCGCUAUAAUACAAUAAAGCGAACCAGAACCAUCACCAGCCCAAACUAUCGAAUCAGGGGUAUUAUAUGCAGAAGCGCUCCUGGUACAACACCAAUAAUAAAACAUGAAAAAGAAACAGAAAAUGUAGAGUCCUGCCAAACAUCGAAGCCAGCCAAUGCUCGAUACUGUUAGUCUCUCAACACACCACAUAUAGAGCACAGAGGGAGAAAAAGAGGAAGGGAUCGAAGAUCACAUCUACAUCCCGCCCAUCUGCACCUCAUCGACAAUAUCCAUCUCAACCUCCUCGCGCCUCCUCAAGAACGCCGGCUCCUCGAAAUCAUCCACAUCCAUGGAGUUGCCGCCGACAGGCUUACUGUGUUUCACCCCGAGGAACCGACGUCGUUGCUGAUUGAGUCUUGGAGAGAGGAUUGUGCGGCCGUGCAUAUUCGUACCAGCAGCAUGGCUGACACUGUGAUGGGACAGGUUCAGACGCAGCGGGUCUUGCCAUUUGUUGUCCAUCUCAUCGAAACUUAGGUCGAUGUCUUCGUCAUCCUCGUAGGGCUCGAAGUUGAAAUCGUUGUGUGUGCGUUUCUUGAGCAUAGGGGGAGGAGUGCUGAAGGACUGCGAGUCAACGGACUCUUGGCCUGCACCUUUGAUUCCACGACGGGAGUUGGGGAGUGUGUGGGGGCAGAGUAGUGGUUGUGAGAGAGCGAGGAGGCAUUGGAGCUUGGGUGGGAGGAGGUCGAGAAGAAGGUUGUGAUGGGGGGUUGGAAGCGGCGUUUUUUGGAGGAGAGAUCGGGUUUGGAUGUGGAGGGAGGCAUGUUGGCGCUACGUAGUUAAGCGGGGUUGUAUGGAGGUGGAUUGAAGUAUGUAGGAAGUAAGGAAUGAGUCCGUGCCAGUGUUAGACUUUAUUGGAGUGAGAUGCAGAGGAAUCGAGGCGUAUGCAGGAUGACGACGGACAGAAAGAACAACCUUGUUGAAGAGGCUGGGGAUUCGAUGAUUCGCGGGCCGACGCGACCAAGACGCGGAAUUUAGCUCGGGACGCGAC